GUCACACCAAUUAGCACGGUAACUGACGGUCAAGGCGGGACACCGGUCAGUAAUCCGAGAAGAAGCACCUGCCUGCACACGCAAUUUCCAGUGGUGUCAGUCAUGUUUAUCUCAAGUAUAAAAACCUCAGCGCUUUCUUCUGCGGCAUGCGCUUAGACCAACAGGUUCUUUGUCUUCGAAAAGCCACGUGACUCUCCCAACGGCAGCCAUGCUCAGUCUUCUUGUGUCCACGAUUCUGCUGGUCGCUGUAGCCGGUCAGGAAAUCAUACGCUGCCCUGGCGGCUUCCAGCUCUCUGGUAAUUCGUGCUACAAGGUAAUUCGCGACAACGCCACCUACCCUGAGGCUCAGGUCGCUUGUCGCCUGAUAGACUCCUACUUGGUUUCUGUGGAAUCUGCAUCGGAAAUGGAAAGCCUCGCCUCCUUUUUAAACAAAGUGGCAGGCGACAUUACUGAGUUCCCGGCCGACUAUUUCUGGACUUCUGGCAAUGACCUGCAGAUAGAAGGCCAGUGGACCUGGAGACAGCAGAAGCAGACGAAUAUCGUUGUGGCCAACUGGAAGAACGGCAAGGCGCCUGUGUCCACCAGUAAGAUCAGCGACAAAAACUGCAUCGCAGUCCAGCAGUCAGCUUCCUACCAGUGGGUAAACCACAAGUGCUCCAAGAUCUUUCCUUACGUCUGCGAGACGAGUGCCUUGCCAGUGGAAAUACAACCUGUCUAUUCUUGAGCAGAAGAAGGGAGAUGGCUUGAUCUUGUGUAUUUAUUUUCCCAAGUGUAAUACUUAAACAGUUAUUGAUACACUUGGUGUUUAUUCCCGCAGCGUUCUACAUCUUUAAAAAUAAAACACAAGAUUUGUCAGCAU